AUGCUCUUCUUCGCGCAGCAGCUGCGGCUGCUCAUAGCCUCCUUUUUUGUGAUUGGCAGCUCUGCUCAAACUUUCAGCCCCAUCACCCCGCCGUCGUAUCCGUUGGCUGUCAAGAACCCGUACCUGUCAGGUGAGUACGCAAUCCCGGAGCAUGUGGAGGCGCUGGCUGGGGGCAUGGUGGGGAGUGUUGCACCCCGUCUGAGCCGUUGGCUGUUGCAGGACGUCGCGAUUAGCAGCCCAUGGCUCCCGGGAGACCAGGCAUCAGAUCUGCCAUCGGCGCAGCCAGAGUUCUGGUACGCCAACAAGCUGACAUGGGCCGUCAUCGCCCGCGUCGAUGGCACCGCCUACAACCUGUUCGGCGUGCCUGAGCCCGAGUCGGACUCGCAGUCUGCCACUGUCGUUGGUGGCAACUUCACUUCCACCCACACCUACUUCACCCUCACGGCCGGCGAUGCAACCAUCACCCUGGACUUCUUCUCCCCCGUGUCGCCCACCAACUACCGCCGUCAAUCCAUGCCGUUUUCGUACCUGACGGUCACGGCGAGCGGCAACGAUGGCGCCACACCGUCCGUCCAGAUCUACUCCGACAUCGACGACACGUGGACUGGCCAAUCGGAUUCCACCACCUUUACUCAGCAAACAUCUGGUGACACCACCGUAUACCAGAUCAGGAAUGACAACCAGGUUCCCUAUGGCGAGCUGAACGAGAUGGCCCGGUGGGGCUACUCGGUCUGGGGCGCCAGGGCCGACUCGCAUCAGACCGGCUCUCCCUCCACAGUCCGCGGCCAGUUCAUCAGCAACGGCACGCUGACUAACUCGACCGAGGCCUGGUCGGCUGGCGCUGUGGCCGGCCUCGCUUUUGACCUUGGCACCGUCAGCUCCGCCACGAGCGCCGUGUAUGCCAUCGGCUACAUCCGCGAGCUUGCCAUCAACUACAGAGGCGACCCUUGGACCCCCUACUACCGAGCCUACAACCCCAACUGGGCUGGUGCCAUCAACCACUUCCUCGAUGUCCACGACGACAGCGUCACCGAAUCCGAAUCCAUCGAUGCGCAGGUCCAGAGUGUUGGCGAGUCAUCUGGCGGGUCGAACUACACGGCGAUUCUGGAGCUCUCGGUACGACAGAUCUACGGCGGCAUCGACAUCGUCAUCGACAACUCGACUCUCGACACCAGUAAGCCAUGGGCUUUCAUAAAGGAGAUCAGCAGCAACGGAAACAUCCAGACCGUGGACAUUAUUUUCCCUACCUUCCCCUUCUUCUACAUGUUCAACCCGGCAUUCCUCAAACUCCUCCUCGACCCCAUCCUGACCUACAUUGAUACCGGCGCCUACCCUCAACCAUACCUCAUCCAUGAUUUGGGCACCCAUUACCCGAAUGCCACCGGGCAUGACGACGGUCUGGACGAGGCCAUGCCUGUCGAAGAAUGCGGGAAUCUCCAGGUCCUUGCUCUUGCAUACCAGAAGGGUACCGGCGACACCUCUUUCACGUCACAAUACGCGGAUCUCUUCAAGAAGUAUGCCGACUACCUCGCCGACAACGGUCUUUAUCCCGACAAUCAGCUCAGCACCAACGACGGCAUUGGUGCCUUCACCAACAUGACCAACCUCGGCGUCAAGGCAGCUGUCGGUCUGGCCGCCUACGGUGAGCUCACAUCGCAAUCCAACUACACGGACCUGGGCCGCUCCUUCGCCGACCAGAUCUACGGCACCAACUCGAGCGGCGAUGGGCUGGGCACUGAGAUCUCGGACUCGACCAACGCCCCGUUCUUCACCCUCACCUACCAGGAUCCGACGUACUUCAUGGUCUUCAACACUUACCCGGACAAGCUCUUCAACCUCUCCGUCUUCUCCGACGAGUCGUACACGGCACUGUCGGACUUCUACCCGACAGUGCGGCAGCCGGCGGGCAUUGCGCUCGAGGGCGCGAUCCAGUGGGCCAAGACGGACUGGCAGAUGUGGGUUGCGGCCAUCACCGAGGCGGACACGCAGACGGUGUUCGUCGACGAUCUGUACACAUACAUUUCGAACGGGAAGAACACGGCGCCGUUCGCGGAUCGCUACUACAGCGACGGCGACGACAUCGGUCUGGCCGGCGCGAACUUCCGGGCCAGGCCGACGCUCGGUGGGCACUUCGCCAUCGCUGCGCUCAAGCAGGGUGUGUUGGCGUCGUCAUAG